GGGCUUGAUUCAUAAAAAACCCCAAAGAGCAUGGGUAUGUUGACAAGUGUGGGGUGGCCCUUAGAGAAACGGUGACACCUGUCUCUUGCCAAGUCCUACAUUGGGGACAGCUGGGGCCUAGUAACCUGAGCCCCCAGCACCCUCCCCCCUGCUAUAUUUAUAGCUCUGGCCUGGUCCCCUGCCCCCAGAUCUGAGUUCCAGGGACAGGAGGUCAUGGGGCGUUGGGGACAGACAGGCCUUCCUCACUCUCUUCACUUUCACACCAAAUGUGUCAUCCUUGUCGCACGUUUUUCAUGACUGUGCCCUGAUUCGUGCAUUGCAAGGUUACUUGGCUCCUAUACGUACCCUCAUCUCCAGUGCCGCAGGCUUCUCCAGCACGACACUCUAAAAGUCUAGCCUGUCUCCAAGAUGCCAAACUUGAGCUUUGGGGCAGUCCAAAGAUGUCCCUGCCCCCCUCCUGGCCAUGAAGACCCCUCCACCACCCAGUCCUGAGCCAGGGGAACAAGAGGGGGUUAGACAGGGAGUGACCAGAAUAACUUAGACUGAGGAUAAAUUUAGCCACUAGGAGGGGAGGGGACAGACCUCAUUGGCCCAGCAGUGGGAAGGGAGGUCCUGAAACCAGGGUCACAGCUCUAAAGGGGACAUCUUCAGAGAGGCAUCCGAGACCUGAGGACAAGCAAAGACUGGGAGCGAAACCACCGCCCUGCCCGGGAGAGACCGUCUGAAAGAACGGAGACACAGGACCCAUCGCAAGCAGCCGGGACCAGGCUUGGGAGAAGCUCAUCUGCUGAACAUCCCCAUGGGCUUCCAGGGGCCAUGGUUGCACGUUUGUCUCCUUUGGGCCACAGUGGCCAGCCUGCUGGUCCCUCCAGUGGUGGCCCAGGAGCUGAGAGGGGCUGGACUGGGCCUCGGCAACUGGAACAACAACGCAGGCAUCCCUGGGUCUUCAGAGGACAUGCCAGCUGAGGUUGGCCACCACAUCCACAGCCAUGGGGGUCAUCAAGGUGAAAAGGACAGAGGCCAUAGAGCAGAGGAUGACGAUUUCUCCAGGGAAUAUGGCCGCCAGCUCCAAGACCACAGGUACCCUGGCCAUGAGGCUGGAGAGGAGGAUAUUUCUGAAGAGGUCUUCAGAGGGCGUGUUAGACAGGCCCAUGCGCACGGAGGACAUGACAGUGAAGAUCUGGGGGACUCAGCAGAGCCUGAGAACCACUUCCACACACAGAGGAGUCACAGCCACGAAGGUGAAGAUGAGGGGAGCACUGUCUCCAGUGAGAAUCACCACGGCCACGGAGGGGCCGAUGAUGAUGGAGAGGAGGAGGGGGUGGGGGUGGAGGACAGCCCUGAGGGUGAGCCCCAGGCCCAUGAUCAUCAGAGUCACUCAGAGGAAGGAGACCAAGAGGGCUCACAUGAACGCCAUCAUGCCGACAGCCACAGAGGCCACAAAGAUGAGGAUGACGAGGGUGACUCCAGUGAAUAUGGCCACCACGCCCACGGACAUCGGCACCAUGCGGAGGAAGAUGAUGGCGGCUCAGAUGGAGACCAUCACGCCCAUAGCGACAGAGAAGGAGGUGAUGACGAUGAAGAUGAAGAUGACGAUGGUGACUCCAGUGAAUAUGGCCACCAGGUCCAGGGCCACCAAGGCCACAAAGACAGAGAAAACCAUGACAAUGACGACGAUGAUGAUGAAGACGAUGACGACUCCACUGAGCACGGGCACCAGGUCCAGGGCCACAGAAAGGGAGCUGAGGAUGAGUCAGAUGAAGACUACCAUCGUGUCCCCAGGCGUGGCUACCGAGGCCAUGAAGAUGAAGAUGAUGACGAUGACUCCGCUGAGCAUGGGCACCAGGCCCGCAGACACCAAGGUGAUGAGAAGGAAGGUGAUGAGGAUGCCUCAGAUGAAGACUACCAUCGUGUCCCCAGCCAUGGCUACCAAAGCCACCAAGACGAGGACGAUGAGGCUGUAUCCACUGAACAUUGGCACCAGGCCCCCAGACACACUCACCACGGUCUUGGAAGUGAGGGGGUGACCGCCAAGCUCAGCCACCAUGUUGCAAGCCACCAGCACCCAGGCCACAAGUCUGACAAGGAGGAGGACUUCCCAGAAGAGUAUAUGACAGAAGUCCCUGGCCAACACCCACACAGAGUCUCCAGGGAGGGAGAUGAGGACAUUUCUGCUGAGUUUAGCCACAAGGCCCCCAGUCACAGGCCACAAGAUCAAGAUGAGCAGACCAGCCAGAGUCACAGAGAGUCUGUCCAAGGUGACAUUGAUCGCUGGUCCCUGCAGCCCACAGGGGCUGGUUCUGAAGAGCCAAGGAAGGAAGAUGGCCACAGCUCUCAAGAGGGAGAGGAAGACACAAGGACACGCAGAGGAGCUCACAGGGAGGAGGAGGAGGAGGAGGGGGAGGAGGAAGAGGAGGAGGAGGGUGGUCAUGGCCUCCCCAUGAGCCAGGAAAAUGAGGAAGAGGAAGAGGAGAUCAGGGAAGACAGGGCUGAGGUUCUGAUGCCACUGAGCCACCACAGAAAGCAGGAGAAGGAGGAAGAGGAGGAGGAGGAGAUCCUGGAAGAAAACCUGCUGCCUUUCACCAUCAUCCCAAACCCCCUGGCUGGGAGGGAGGCGGUCAGAGAAGGCUCCAGUGAGGAGGAGAGCCGUGAGGCCAUGGGUCAGGACGACGCCCAGGAGAGUGAGAACUACCAGCCAGGGUCCCUGUGUGGCUACUGUUCCUUCUGCGAUCGAUGUACUGAAUGUGAAAGCUGUCACUGUGAUGAGGAGAACAUGGGUGAACACUGUGAUCAGUGUCAGCACUGCCAAUUCUGCUACCUCUGUCCGCUGGUCUGUGAAACCCUCUGCACCCCAGGAAGCUACAUAGACUAUUUCUCCUCCUCCCUGUAUCAAGCCCUGGCUGACAUGCUGGAGACUCCAGAGCCCUGACUAGCCACAGCUGUCGCAGAUGCCCCUCUCCUCACUGACAAGAGCUCGGAAUAAAUGUGCUUCUAGAA